AGGACAUUUACCAAAGCUAUAUCGCAAAAAGACAUAACCAGCAUGCUGUUAUCCUCUUCAUUUUCUUCUCUUGAUCAACUUUUUUAUUUAUUUAUUGUUUUCCCUUUAUUUCUGUUCCCAUCUUAGGUUUGUGAUCACUCUUCUUUAAUUAAACCUUGCACUGAUCCACACACCUCUAUCUCUCUCUAAUUGCAAGUCUCUUAAAAAGGCAGGCAGGCACGCGCACACACACACUCACCGUGCCCUUGAAGCAAAUUAAGGACUUGGCCGCCCCCCGCCGCUUGCUCUUUGCCGUUCGGGUUGUCUUCUUUCUUUUGUCAGGGACAGAGCUCUUAAUUCCCAGCAGCUAAGGACAAAAAUCGAUACUAGAUUUAGGGAGAAUGAUGACAGGAAACGGGCAACUAUCAGUUCCUCCAGGUUUCAGAUUCCAUCCAACAGAUGAAGAGCUUCUGUACUAUUAUCUGAGGAAGAAGGUCUCGUAUGAAGCCAUUGACCUGGAUGUUAUCAGGGAGGUGGACCUCAAUAAACUUGAGCCAUGGGAUCUCAGAGACAAAUGCAAGAUUGGUUCGGGUCCUCAAAAUGAGUGGUAUUUCUUCAGCCACAAGGACAAGAAAUAUCCAACCGGGACUCGAACAAACCGGGCAACCACCGCAGGUUUCUGGAAAGCAACAGGAAGGGAUAAGGCCAUCCAUCUAAGCAACUCUCAGAGGAUUGGUAUGAGAAAAACCCUAGUCUUCUACACUGGACGUGCUCCUCAUGGUCAAAAGACUGAUUGGAUCAUGCAUGAGUACCGCUUGGACGAUGACAACUCUGAGGUUCAGGAAGAUGGUUGGGUUGUCUGCAGGGUUUUCAAGAAGAAGAAUCAAACCAGAGGUUUCCUACCAGAAGUUUCUCAAGAAGUACACUUCUCUCACAUGAAGACCAGCUCUUCUUCUUUUCCACUAGAUCCAAAACAAAACCACUUGCAAUCACUAUAUGAAGACUAUACCCUUGAUGGCUCCAUGCAUCUACCACAGUUAUUUAGUCCAGACUCAGCUGUUGCCCCAUCGUUUGUGUCACCCCUCUCUUUGAACAACAUGAACGACAUUGAGUGCUCGCAGAACUUGUUGAGGUUAACACCGAGUGGUUGUGGAUUUGUGCACCCUGCAGGGAGGUUCAAUGGUGAUUGGUCAUUUCUGGACAAGCUUCUUGCUUCUCAUCAAAACCUGGAUCAUCAGCAGCACUAUCAAAACAAAAGGAAUUCAUCAUCCCAAAUUGUUGAUCCUGUGGGUACUUCAACUCAGAAAUUCCCAUUUCAACACCUUGGCUUCGAGACUGACAUUCUGAGAUUUUCCAAGUAGAGUUGCAACUCCCAUGUCAUUAACCGUGCUGCAUUUUACCUUCUUAAUUAAACUGGAGGGAGCACGCAUUUUUAUUCAUAUAUAGUAGGGAUGAGGAAUAUCCAUAUAUUAAUUAUAUAGUUGAAAUUCUGUUCUUGCUAUUUUAAUUAUUAUUAAGUUGGUUUUCGAUUAUUAAAAUGUAUAUAAGAUAAGUUCAAACUAUUAAGAACAAGAUCACUAAUUCAUCCUA